AUGGCAUUGAGGAUUACUUUGUCUGGUAUUGCUAUCUUCGGAGCAGUCGUUGAUGCUAUACCAUCUAUCGCAUACCCGAUCAAUUCUCAGUUCCCUCCCAUUGCGCGCGUGUCAAUACCUUAUUCAUAUACAUUCCCGCAAUCAACAUUUACUUCAACCUCCCCUCUCCGCUACAGCUUAGCAGACUCGCCUCGAUGGCUCUCUAUUGAUAGUACUUCUCGAACAUUAUCGGGCAUACCAUCUAGUAGUGAUACUGGCACUGGAACUGUAACGGAGGUUAUCUUUGGAGUAAUUGCAAGCGACUCCUCGGGAUCUGUGACGUCGAAUACUACUCUAGUAGUGUCCAAAAACUCACCACCGACAAUUAAAAUCUCAGCCCAAUCACAACUUGCUUCAGAAGGGCCUUUCUCAGCACCAUCGACGUUAUUAUACCAUCCUUCAUCAUCCUUCGAGAUCAGCUUCGACCCGGCAACUUUCUCAAGUCUUAGCGGAACAGCUCUUAAAUACUACGCUUUAACAGUCGACGAUACACCUCUGCCUUCAUGGGUUCUUUUCGACGAGAACACCCUUACUUUUAGCGGUCAAACACCAGAAUAUGCUUCUCUCAUACAACCACCACAGACUUUCGGAGUUCAGCUUAUUGCUUCGGAUGUGUCAGGAUACUCUGGAGCAUCGAUUCCCUUCAACAUUAGAGUUGGGGUACAUCUACUAGCAUUUAGUACGGUAAACUCAGUUGUGAAUGCUACACCAGGAGUGGAGAUCAACUACACAGGUCUGCAAAACAGUCUUCAGCUUGAUGGGCAGCCCGCCAAUGCUUCGAGCAUAGUCUCGAUUACUGCUCAAACGCCCGAAUGGCUUGACUUCGAUAAUACUACUCUCAGUCUGAUCGGCACACCACCUUCUGAUGCCAUUUCGUAUAAUGUCUCUGUACAGGCUGUGGAUUUAUACGGGGAUCAAGUUAAUACUGUUGUGCUCAUCAAGAUAGCUACAGCGUUAUUUGUUGGUCCAAUCAGAGAUGUGAAUGCAAGUAUCGGGUCUAAAUUCUCUUUCAGUCUUGGUGCUUAUAUUGGAAACAACUACGAUACUACAUUAACGGCACAAGUGUCUCCACCAACAGAUUGGAUAUAUUUUGAUGCUCAUAGCUUCAAGAUAUCGGGAAAGGUGCCUACAACUGCUAAGCCCUCAAGCAUCAAUAUCACGCUUACGGCAACCUCCAAAACAUCAAAACGCUCUAGCUCUGAAUCUUUCAAUCUAGCCAUUCAAGAAUCAGAUGGCUCCUCGUCCACAGGUAUUCCACCGUCAUCGGGCACAUCUGUAACAUCUGGUGUCAAUUCACCUGCGAGCGGAAAUUUGAGCAAAGGAGUGAUAGCAGCAAUUGUGGUUCCAGUAUUGAUUGUCUUUAUCGCACUUAUUCUCUGUCUGUUUUACUAUCGCAGAAAACGUUCUAGUUCCCCAUUACGUUCAGGAGGACCUUCCAAAGAGGAUAUUUCAGGUCCCAUAAGGAACACAUCCAGCAUAGAACGAGCAUAUUCAGCUAAAAAGAUCGCACCUCUGCAGCUCGAUACCUCUGGCUUCUCCAUCGAUGCUAGUUCUAGUAUUUACACAUCAACUACUCCUAAUAUCGUGGUUCACGACAAUCGUAAAUCUCUCCGACGCUCACAAACAUUGGCUCCAAAGUCGAAUUUUCGCGAAUCCCAAAGCUUCGGAAAUAGGGCGCGUGCAAAUUCAGAAAAUGCACUGAGUAGCACUCCGAAUCGGAGUAUAUGGAGAAAUACACAAGAAACCGACUAUACCUUGGAUAGUUCGAGAACAAAUAGUACUAAUAUACUGCAACGGAACUAUUCGAAUUACUCACGGAAAGGACAUACAAGACGAUCGCAAUAUGUUGUGGGUAAUCAUCCAAGGUUAAGGAAUAGUGAGAUGAGCCAACUUGGCAAUCAAAGUCUCUUUGGGACCAACCAUUCUGAUGGUACGAUAUUGAACUUGACGGAUAGUAAUUUCUCAACUUCUCCUCUGGAUAACUUCUCAGUGUUAUCAGGAGAUUGGAGUAAAGCAACCCGAGCACCUCUUGCACCACGACAAAACAAACAAAGCCAGAACAACGAGAAAAAACGAGCCCAUCGUAAAUCCACAAUGCGAAAUCUCAAUUUCGCAUUGACAGAAGGUGUAGAUAAACGGUUAAGUGGACUUGGUCACGGAGCUCGAGAAUCCAUUUCUUCAUUCGAUAUCUUGAACACACCGGGUCGUAGAGGAAGCAUUGGACAUGGUCAACAUCCCAGUCUCGCACGCAAUUCUCGCACGUGGAAAACGGUUCAUACUCUGGACACGGAUGUUGACAAACAUCGCAGUGCAACAAGCGUAUACUCAACCAUCUCCACUGAUCUUCUGAAAUUCGGACACGCAACGGUAUCGCCAAGUGGCGGCAAUGAAAUGCUAAGCAUAAAACCCGUACCUAAGAGUCCUCGGGCCCCGGCACCAAUCUGGGAGUCGGAAACAGGAGGAAAUAGUAGAAUGUCGUAUAGUAGCAUCAACACGCGACCUGUUUCUCGUCGCGGAGGCGCAUCUCCUUUUUUCAGCGGUGGAGGAAUGGCUUCUGUGCGUCGUAAGGCAAGAAGAAGUUAUGCGGAUUCGCCAACUGUGCCGGAAGAGGUACAUGUUGGCGAUGAAGUACAAGCUGCUGGUACGGGCGUCAAUAACGAUUCGUUGGGAAUAACAUAUCCGAAUGGAUAUUCGAGCGCUAAAGAAGGAACCAGACAGUUAAGAUCGUAUAUCCAGGCUACGUUCAGCAAAAGCAGAUUGAAGGGGAGUGACAGUUUGGUUAGCUUGGACAGUAGAUUCGAGAGUGCGAGUCCGAGUAUGCAGGAAUUACAGAUUCGUCAAGAGCAAGUGCCUACUUCGGGAAACGUGUCUCAGAGUCAGAGUAGGCAUACGCAGCUUUUAGAAAUAGAUAAGAGAGAGCGAGAACGGGAAAGAGAAAGAGAAACAAGACAACAAACCACGGAAGCCGAAAAUGGCAGCGACAUCCUCCCCAGCGAAUUCAGCGCCGGCAGCUGGGAAAGCAUGGGCGAAAGCACAGAUGUCGAUUCGCAGCCAAAUUUCAUACGACACAGCACUACCACGACGAUUCCCCAAAUCCCACAACUUCCCCAUUUAGGCGGCAGUAUCAGUGGAUCUGGAAUCGGAGUAGGAGGUGCAACGGCAAAUACAACAAGAGGAAGAAGUUCCACACUCGCUAUCCCGCACUUUUCGCCAUUUUUAUCGAAUCCGUAUACUCCUGAGCUCGGGGAUCAAUCUGCAGAUUCUAUCUGGAAUGAAACAAAUCAGAAUACAUCGUUACGACGAUCUACAGAAGCGGAUUUGAAAGGAGAUGGUUAUUACACUUCGGUCUCACAUCCCCACUCGACUUCCCAUUCUCAUUCCAAAGGGCCCUCUCAAAAAACCGAACAAACUCUCCACGAAGCACGCGAAGAAUCCCCUACGAUGGGAAAUCUGAUCGUAGGACCUAAUGCACGUAUGGUGAAGGGGGCGGGAAGGAGACCGAUAAGUGUAGAUGCGAGGGAGAAUAAGAGGAUUGGGAGUACGAAGGCGAGAAUUGGACGGCAGACGGAGGGGGUGGGGAGUGAGGGGGAUUUUAGCGCGUAUAUUUGA